AAUGAAAAUUAAUACAAAAAUUAUAUAUGUGAUGAUCAGAAAUCAAAAAAAAAAAAGAAAUAUAAAUAUUUAAUAACACUGAAAACUUAAUAAUAAUAUUAUAAUGAGUAAUAUUAAUCAUGGAUUUAUUGCUGUUCAUGUAGGGGCAGGACGACAUUCCGAAACUCUUAAAGAAAAAUAUCAAAAAUUAUGUCGUCAAGCAUGCAAAGCUGGUAUACAGAAUUUAAAAACUGGUGGUAGUUCAUUAGAUGCUGUAGUAGAAACUGUAAUAGUAUUAGAAAAUUCUCCAUUAACUAAUGCUGGAUUUGGUUCUAAUCUUACAUUAGAAGGAACCGUAGAAUGUGAUGCAAGCGUUAUGGAUGGUACUACAUUGCAAUUUGGAGCUGUUGGUGCAGUUAGUGGAAUAAAAAAUCCUGUUUUAUUGGCAAAACGACUUUGUGAACAUCAAUCAGUUAAAAUUGCAUAUGGUAGAAUUCCUCCAAGUUUUCUAGUUGGGAAUGGUGCCCAUGUAUGGGCACAAGAAAUGAGAAUCCAAACUUUAUCUCCAGAACAAUUAAUUUCAACAAAAGCACAGAAAAUGUAUAAACAUUAUAAAAGAAAAAUAGAAAAUUCUAAUGCAGAUGUUCAAAAGUAUACCAAACAAAGAAUGGAUACAGUUGGAGCAAUAUGUGUUGAUAAAGAAGGAAAUAUUGCUGGAGCUUGUUCUAGUGGUGGUAUUAUUUUAAAAUAUCCUGGAAGAGUGGGACAGGCAGGAAUGUGGGGAUGUGGUACAUGGGCAUAUAAAGAUAAAUAUUCUAUAGGAACAAGCACAUCAGGCUGUGGAGAACAUCUUAUUCGUACUUUACUUGCACGAACAGUUGCAGAAGCUAUAUCACAUAGUUCUUGUCCUAUUACCAACUUGUAUCAUUCUAUGAAAGCUGAUUUUAUCGGUGAAAACUCAAAUACAAAUUUUUUAGAUUCAAAAUUUUUGUAUGGACUUGAACAGAAACUUGGAGGUGUUAUUGCUAUACGAUAUGCACCACAAGAAGGAUUAGGGGAUUUCCUUUGGAGCCAUUCUACAAAUUCAAUGAUAAUAGGUUACAUGAAUUCAAAUGAACAAACGCCAAUGAGUCAUAUGGCUGUUCUUCCAUCUCAUGAAGUUGGUAAAAAAGCAAUUGUUGAAGGAAUUUGUUUUAAAAUCACAUAGUGUAUUAAUGAAUUUAUGAUUUGUGCAAGACAAUAUUAUUAUACCAUAUUACCAUAUAAGAAACUACUUAAAAUAAUUAUUUAUUUCUAAUUAAUUUAAAUAUAUCUUAUAAUUAUGAUAUAAAAAAAA